UCCACUGCACCAAUGAGAUGAACGUCAACAUUCCCCAGCUGGCAGACACUCUUUUCGAGAGAACAGCCAACUCGAGCUGGGUGGUGGUCUUCAAAGCCCUCAUUACCACCCACCACCUCAUGAUGUACGGCAACGAGCGUUUCAUCCAGUACCUGGCCUCCAGAAACACUCUGUUCAACCUCAGCAACUUCUUGGAUAAGGGAGCUCUGCAAGGUUACGACAUGUCAACCUUCAUCAGACGAUACAGUCGCUACCUGAACGAAAAGGCCAUGUCCUACAGACUGGUGGCUGUGGAUUUCACCAAGAUGAAGAGAGGUGUCGACGGCGUGAUGCGCACCAUGAACGCGGAGAAGCUGAUCAAGACUCUGCCCAUCAUCCAGAACCAGCUGGACGCUCUGCUGGACUUUCAGGCCAAUCCUAACGAGCUGACCAACGGAGUGAUCAACUCGGCCUUCAUGCUGCUCUUCAAAGACUCCAUAAGGCUCUUUGCUGCAUACAAUGAAGGAGUCAUCAACCUGUUGGAGAAAUACUUUGACAUGAAGAAGAACCAGUGUAAAGACGCUCUGGAGAUCUACAAGAAAUUUCUUUACAGGAUGACAAAGCUGUCGGAGUUCCUCAAAGUGGCUGAGCAAGUUGGAAUAGAUCAGGGUGACAUCCCAGAUCUCUCACAGGCCCCCAGCAGCCUCCUGGAGGCUUUGGAGCAGCAUCUUGCCUCUCUGGAGGGCAAGAAGACGAAGGAGUUGAAUGCAGACACAAGAGCGUCCACCUUGUCGAGUGCUGUCUCAUCUCUGUCCUCCACCGGCAUGUCCUUCAGCCGCAUGGAUGAGAAGGAAAAGCAGCAGGCCCUGGAGGAGGAGCAGGCCAGGCUGCAGGCUCUCAAGGACCAGCGCCUGAAGGAGAUCAGCAUGCAGACUCCACCCUCCGCCUCCCCCAGCAGCCAGUCGGUCGGCAGCGCCAACAACAACAACCACAUCUCACACACCCCGGAGUUGUUUGGCUCCGUGCUGAACGCAAACAGCGUCCCCAACCUGAACAGCGACCUGUUUGAUCUGCAGCCGGCCUUCAUCCCCGCCGUGCAGAGCACUCCUUCCAUCUCCAACGCCAACAGUGCCUGGGGAGGACUGGAGAGCCAGCCGCUGCAGCAGCAGACCACCCCAGCCAUGACUGUAGAUUUCGAUGCCGUGUUCGGGAAUAAGUCCACACCCAGUAACAACGGCCCACAACCUGCAGCCGGUUUCGAUGCUCUCGGAGACCUGUUAAAGCCCACAGUCACCGCGCACACCGCACCACCUCCUCCUCCUCAAAUGGCCAUCCAUCCUGGAGGAAAGCUGCUAGCCAAUGACCUCGACUCCUCUCUGGCUAACCUUGUGGGCAAUCUGCAGUUUGGUGGAACUGGAGCCAAGAAGCCAGACAUGCAGUGGAACCAGCCUGGUGAGAAGAAGCUAACCGGUGGCCAAAACUGGCAAAAUAAGACCAUGUCGACCACACAGUGGAGCCCCGCGCCCAUGGCUCCACAGCCCAUGCCUGUGCCACAUGUGAAUGGAAUGUUCUAUACUAGUUAUGCUCCAGCGCCAAUGGCUUUCCCCAUGACCACACCACAAGUGCCUGUGUAUGGAAUGGUCCCUCCCCAGAUGGCUCAGAUGGGUGGGGUACCUGUGAUGGCUCCACAGCCGAUGAUGUACAACCAGCCUGUUCUCAGACCCACCAACCCUUUCGCGCCCAUGCCAGGAGCCCAGAUGCAGUUUAUGUAAUCCAUUCAUGGGGAAGUCCAGUGCCAAAAGCGACAAAGCAGCAGAAAAAAAACAAAAAAACUCACGAGAGGACGAUCGAUCGGAGGGAGGAACGAUUUGAUCAGGCGAACGAAGAGACGCAGACAAGCUUGACCGACAGACAUCGAAACAGAAGGGGGCGGAGGGGGCGGGACUCUGUCCCGGCUGGAACAACUGCUCUUGUGUGUGUGUGUGUGUGUGUGUGUGUGUGUGUGUGCGUGUGUGUGUGCGUGUGUAUGUGUGUGGAGCUUCUCUGUGUUUAUCAUUUGUGUUUUAAAUCAAGCGGACGGAGUGAUGGGAUGGGCGGACGUCUGGUUUUCACCCAGCCUGUUCGGUUCGGUGUCUGGAUCCAGAAUUAGCUUUAUUUCAAACUGGUGCUAUUUUGUCCUCUCUGAGUUCCUGUCUGCCUGCAACAGCAACUUGAGGGCACUUAUAAGAGGAUGUGUGCGUGUGUGUGUGUAGGCGUGUGUGUGUGUGUGUGUGUGUUCACAGCAGUUGUUCCAGGUAAUGCAGCCUCUCUCCUCUCUCCUCCACCUUCAGUCUCUGUUUGUUUUUCGGAGAGAAACAUAGAGGCACAUUUUCUCAAGUAUGUUUCCUGUAAUUUUCCAAUCCGUGUAUUUUUUUUUUUAUCCCUCUUUUGUUUUCUUUGCCUUUAACGUUAUCAGGGCUUGUGCAGCAGUUUGUGGGAGCAUCAAACGGUAACCGAGCGUUUUCUCCUCAUGGCUUCUUAAGCUCUGCCGCUCGCACAUCAAGACGGGAGGUCGACGAAGCGUCGGGACAAAACGUAAAAAAACCCCAAAAAACACAAAUUUGUCUCAAGGGCUCGUCCCACCAGGGAAACGCAGCAAAACGUGUCCAGAUGUUGUGGAGAUCGUUGACUUACAGCUGCGUCGUGAAAACUGCUGGAAACCUGCCAGUCUGUGUGCUUCUAAUCUGCUCAAGGGUUGGGUUCUUCACGUACAAAUGUCACAUGAAACUGAUCAAAUUUGACCUUAAAAGUAAUCAAUGAAGCUGUGUACAUAAGCAAAAAAAUAUAUAUAUGUUAUUAUUUGAGUGUGUAAGUUUUUCUUUUCUUCUCACAUGGACUGUUUACCCAUCUGUGCAAAGAUAGUGAACAUUAUUGCAGUCAGUAGAUACUCAGAUUGUGUGUGUCUCUUUAAGUCUCGGGGCUUUGUGUGCGUCUUUCUCGGUGAUUGAUGAGAAGCUAAUCCAGCACACUGAGGUUACGGCUGUUCUUAAAGGGAUACCCACAGCCUUCUAGUCGAGCAGUAAAGGGAUAGUUUGAAAUCUUUUAAAGCAAAGUGCCUGUUGAGAGGUUAUCUGCAGUGGAGAGCGAUGCGUUUCUAUUCUCUGGAUUCGAAAGCUAAUGCUAACAUGCCACGUCCAGCCUCAAAAACUUUCUGCAGACGAAGCUUUACAUUGGGUGCUUAUUUACAGAGAAACAUUAUUUACAUGAUUGAUUGAUUGACUGAUUGAUAGACAAAUAUAUUCUAUAUGGAAGUUCAUGAGACCAGGCACCUAAAAGUCACAAAACCAACACAAGAAAUACAGCAGCAGCUGAAGAAAGCAGCAACAUAAAAACAGGUUGGAGGUCGUGCGCCAUCAAUAAUCUUCCUUCUACCGAUUUAAAGUACCUUAAGAUCAAAAGUUUAACAGCAGUUUAAAUGAGUGUUACUUUAUUGGUUGUCACACUUUCAUGUUCUAAAUGCUCCAACCUCAGAAUAUGUUUCACAAAGGAAGACUUUUAAAGACGCACCACCUCCCAUCUCUGCUUAAACAUCAGCUCAUUUGUAAAUAAGUGCCCAAAGUAAACGCUCAUAAAGUAGCGUUCAGAUGAGCAAAUGAGUCUUUUCCUGAAAACCUUUUAACAGAGCCUCUCUUUAAAAAGCCUGAAUGUUCCUUUAAAAGAAGUGUUUUGUUGAUUUUGUUCAUCCGUGUUGAAUAUUCAAAGUAUUUUUGGCUGACUAAAUUGUUGCUGAAAUUGCUGAUUGAACUGUUGCCACGACGAUAAUGUGUGUGUGUUUUGUUUUGUUUUUUUCUGGUCCUGCUUGUGUUUCUGCCUGACGGUCGGCAGGCGACUCGUGUGGAUCGGCCCGGACUUCUAAAAGCCAAUAGAUGCGGCUCCCUAUUUUUCAGCAGGUCCGCAUCGUGAUUGAUGAUGGUGACGGCGGCGGCGCCGAGCCAGUUUGUUACUGAAUCAAGUCGACUUCACUUUCGAUUGCACUGAAUCAGAGCGAGAGGCGGGAAGAACGCGGCGGCCCCUCUUCAGGCAGAACAUCCGUCCUCAUGAGUCGUGGCUGUUUGUGCGUAUUGCACCGUGGGCUGUUCUCACGCGCACGCUUACACGUUUUUGUGUACGACUUCUUCCUCUUUUUUUUUUUUUUCCAUUGAGGGUUACUUCUGAGGGUCAAAUUUGAAGUCGUACUUUAAGCCCACAUGUUUGAUACAAUUUCCUUUUUUUUUUCUCUCUCUAAAAUCAAAAUAUUGCAAAAAUGCACAUGUGAAAAAGUUGCACUGAAGUGGCUGUCUCCCAGCAGUAGAGCUGUGGAGUUUUCUUUAAAGAUAGAGAUUUGUUUCGGCGUAGUUUUGUAGGGUUUAAGAGCUCUCGUCUAUCGGCCAUUUUGGCGACUGUUUCUUUUUUAAUUUUUAUUUUUUUUCUUUAUCCUCCCAAAGUUGAACUUGAAGCUUUGUGUAUUCUCAUCAGGGUUCGGCAGUCCAUCGGUGACGGUCCGGCCUCAAACCCAUCGUCCGCUCGGCUGUGAAUCCCCCAGAACGUCGCCUCAGUUUUGCCGACAUCGCUGAUCUAAUGCGGCUCUUUCUGGCCUGUUUAGUCUGUAUUUGGUCUGUGUAGAUAUGUAAAGUGCUUACAGUUUCUGAGUAGAUUGGGUUCGACGCUACUCUUUAAAAGCUUCUCGUCAGUCAGUCUUGUGUUAGCUUAGCCUCGCUUCUUCUUAUCCCGCCGCAGGGUUUCCCUCUGCGUCCUGUCCUCUCUGCUGGUGUCUACCAAAUGAUAGCUGUUGGUGUUUUUUCGUCCUUUAGCUGUAGAUUAAAAACAAACAAACAAACAAAAAAAAAAACGUUUCUCUCAGGCUUUGUGGUUUGCUUCUCUCAAACUCCUCCUUUUCUUGCUACUUGCAUUAAUCCAGUAUUCCAGCAUCCUUCUGUUUCUCCGUGUUUGUCUCGUUCGUCCCCGAUUGGACCCGAACAGCAAAGCUCACUCACAGAUCUUCAGGUUUUUGUGACAAAUCAAUGUGAUGACUGAUCAUUUUGAAGACUAGCUCUUAUCCUUGUGAAAGUUAGCUUCGGCUAAAGGCCAGUGUUCUCAGUUUUCCUCCCUUUUUUUUUGUGUCAGAAAGAAGGUAUAGAGAACCGUGAAUCCUAAUGUCUCUGGGAGACGCAGAUCUACAUCGUGGCCUUAUGAACAUUUAAUGGGAUCAAAAGGCUUUUUAAACAUGUUGAAAUCACCGUUAUUGUCUCAUGUUGAAGUUUUAAGGCCAGAUCAUGAAAUAAGUGACUAAAUUAAAGUAGCCUAUCUGAACUUAGCCAACUUAGCCCAUGUGAAAUUUCAACUGGAGACGUUUCGAUCAGGACUUGUUGCAACAAUUAAUAUACUUUAAAUUUUCAUCAGCUUUAAAAUACAGAACAAUAACGUUUCAGUUUGUAGAAAAUCACUUCCUGCUUUGGCCCGAUGCCGAUUUUCAUGCAGUAGAAGUUUCCUGAAGCUAACUGUAGCGCCUUUCCUUGCUGUUGUGAUAUGGCUCGUUGAUAAUUCGGUGAGUGACGUGUUUCACAGGGGUUGAUCUCCUGCUUCGUGAACUCGGCGCUUUUGUUUUGAACAUUUGAACAUUUCAGCUGCUUUCUGCACAGCUUUCUCUUAUAGAAGCGUAAAGAGUUGGUCACCUCAAACGGAUACAGAGGAAGGUAUUAGUUGACAUGAAAUCAGACGGUAAUCGAGGAUCGUUUUGAUAGUCGUUUGUUCAAACACAUGAAUAUGUUUCUUUUAAAAAUGCCUUGAUUCGAUGUUUUGGAUCGCAUUGGGACAACCUUAGUCAUUAUCCUCCUCAUGGUUCCACUCACCUGACCUGGGGGGGAAACUUCUGGAUGCUUUUAGCCGUCUACUCGCGUCUGUUGGGGACUUCCUCAAAGACGUCAUUCAGCAUGGUAGAUUUGGACGGUGGCAACUUCAAGUGACUGAGAGUUUGGUUUAUGAUGAGAGAGACUCCAACUCUGGGCUGACGGUGAAGGUCACGAGGUUUUCUUCCCUAAAAUCUCCUUGUUAGAAAGCAGAAAGACUGGCCUCCUGCGAGACUUUCUAUCCAGACCUCAAUGACGCAGCUUGCUUUACCUCGACUCCAGCUGCUUCCCUGCAAAUGAUUGACAGAUUUAGCUUUUUUUUAUGUUGCAGGCAGGGGAUUGUGAUCUUAGGCCAGUCUUCGUCAGCCAGUAGUUAUCACAGCUUUUUUUGUGCAGGUUUGACUCUCUGGACAGGCUCUUACCUUUCUGGACUCUGACAGCAGCUGCUGUAUCUUUGCGUCGUUGUAGCAUGAAGCCAAUGCAGAGGAGGAUAAACUUCGGUGUCGAAUCCGAACGUCUGAUUACUGCGAUUGGAGCGGACGUUCAGAGAGCAGGGUCCACUCAGUGAGAGUAUGGUGUCGUCUUUCUCUGUGUUUUCGUCCUCAAACGCAUCGGUAGCGGUGGUGACCUCCCUCCUCUUGCCCAAACUAGACGAAGGGACCGAUUGAUCGGACUCGACCAAUCCCUCGUCCGUCCAGGGAACCGUUCGGGCUGAAACUCAGACAUGUUUUUGUUUUUUAUUUUAUUUUUUUUUUUAUUUGGACUGUUGAUGAAUGAGCCAGUACAGCGAAAAGCGUUGCCAAACUUCUCUGGUUGUUCUCCCAAAGAGCUCGCUUCGUUUCCUCCUGUGGCAAACGCCCUCUGCCAUUGACACGGGCGACGAACCAGAACCCGCCAAGCUGAACAAAAUGCGAGAGAGGGGGACUUUGAUAGACGUCCUCGUCUUGUCAAUGAGUCGGUGUGUUCAAAGAUUUCUUCUUCGUGCACGCUCAGAUAAUUCAUUUUUGUUUUUUGUUUUUUUUAUAUUGGUGUUUUGUUUUUUGGUUAAACCCCAACCCUCGGGAUUGCUGCCUCACUAUUCUGUAUAUAAAGAAACUCACACGCGCCAACGCAGCUUAAAGCAUACCCUCAUAACCUGCCUUUAUUUUUCAUUUACCCAUUUUUAUGUUACCUGUACAUGAAGAUAUUAGCGUCCUAAGCAAGCAUGCAGGUCUGACUCCCACUGCGGUGGGAGCGGGCUGGAGGGCUGCGAACCGUCGCCGUACAUCAGGAUCAGCCAUGACUUCUCAGCGAUGCCAAAUGUUAAUCUGUCUCUCUGUCCUCCUCCCUUUUCUCCCUCUCUCCUGCCCCGCCCGUCUCUUUGUACAUUGUUUUCUAUUUAUUUAAAAGCAGAAAUAUAUGGAGUGUAUCGAGCAUGGAAAGGCAAACAAAUGUUACAGUUGAUUUUAAAACAGAAAAAAGGAUGGGCUUUUAUUUUACAGCAAGCAUAUUUGUUUAUUCUAGGGAUUUGGUUCCUCUCUAUUUUUUGUUUCUUUUUGGAAGAAUAAAGUCAUUUUCCAUUCCUAA